AUGUAUUGGAAUUCUACUCAUGCUACUUCAGUAAACUUUGAAGUACUACUGAGCAAAGAAAAUGUAACUCUCCAAGAAAUUAUGGAUGAUGAUGGAGUCUUAGAAGAAUGUAGGACUCAAAAUAAGCGCUUAAUAGAAUAUCUAAUUCAAUCUGAUGUACUUGAAAAGUUAGUCAAAUUAACCAUAGAAGAACCAUCUGGGAAUGAGGAUGAUGCUAUCAAGUACAAGUAUUCAAACAUUGCAUGCGAGUUACUCACAUGCGAAGUUCCUCCACUUAGCGAAACUUUGGCCAACGACAAGGCUUUAUUAGGAAAGCUUUACUCAUUUCUUGAUACUGAUGCACCAUUAAAUCCUCUCUUAGCUUCAUUUUUUAGCAAAACUCUCAGUGUACUAAUUACUAGGAACAGUGAGCGGGUUUUGGAAUUUCUUAAACUAAAGGAAGAUUCAAUUAGUUUGUUGCUCAAACAUUUAGGAACAUCUGCAAUUAUGGAUCUCAUACUUAAUCUUAUAACUAAAGUAGAAGGGGCUGAUUUGAGGGAACUCGUAUUAAAUUGGUUGGAUGAGCAAAAAUUAGUUCAAAGGCUUGUGGCUUUAUUAGAUCCCUCGGUGGACCCCGAUAGGCAUUGUAAUGCAGCUCAACUGUUGUGUGAUCUUAUUAAUAUUUUAAGGAGUAACAAAAUGGAAGUUUUACAUCAAAAUAAAAUUUUGGAUCGAAUCGAAUCGCCUGAAACUGUGACUCUACUCCUGGAUCAUAUUCUCAAGGAACCAAAGUGUGAAACAAGCAUAGUCGGAGGUAUAUCCGUCCUUUUGGUUUUAUUAGAAAACAAAUGGCACAGCGACGGUCGUAUCGUAUUCGAUGAAAACACUCAGGCUUACGUUGAUUUUUUGGCAGUUGUUGCAAGUACCGUAAAAGCCAUUUUGCCUCGAUUAAAAGACUUUCAUAAUAUUUUAGUUAACCCUCCUUUGAAACCUACCGUGAAGACAACGAUAGCAAUGUUGGAACCUCCGUUGGGAAACGUUCGCGUUGAAAUUGCCAAAUUGCUAUCCGUGCUCGUAGCCCAUGAUGAUUUAGAAGUUAACAAGGAAUUGGAAGAAUUAGAUACGAUAAAUGUAUUACUCGAUUUGUUUUUUAAAUACACGUGGAAUAAUUUUUUACACACUCAAGUUCAGAAAUGCUUGAUACACGCUUUUAAUUUAUAUCCAACAUCGGAUAGUGGAGAAUUUCAAAGACAUGGAUUAGUUCCCCAUAUAUUAUCCAAAUGCCAUAUAAUUCAGCGAAUAUUAGAUGCCUGGCAGGAUAAUGAAACGCAGCAGACUGAGUAUAAACGUCCCAGGAGGGGUUACAUGGGUCACUUAAUAGAAAUUGCCAAUAAAAUAUGUAUGAGAGCUCAAACACAUUCCUUUGGUGCCUUGAUGAAAGAAACUGUCGAUAACGAAACUUUAAAUAAGUGGGAGAAUUUUGUAAAUACUAAAUUUUACGAAAUUCAAGAAACAUACAUGGGCGGGAAUUAUCCGUUACCUGAAAAAGAUGGGGGCGUGGGAAAAAAUGGCUCUUUUGGAGAUUUUUCACAAGUGUUGUAUUCCAAUUACUACCAGUUACAAAAUUUGGCUGCUUCCGUCACGGGCCAAUUCGGAUCAUUUCAAGAAGAUCAAUUCAACGACGACGAAGAUGCAUUGAAUUUUUCGAAGAAUCCAAAUUUUGAAAAAAUUAAUUUCAAUUUACCUGAGGGAGAAACAGAUCGGCAAGCGGUUUUCUUUGAAAAAGUUUGCGCACAAAAAUUUCAAACUUUAGAUGAUUAUAACGGAGAUUAUCAACCACAAGAAAACAGCAGUUCCGACGAGGAAGACGAAGACAAUUUGGAAAGGAACAAGAAUUUUUUAAAAGACGAUCAACAACAUUCGAACGUGGACAAGAUGCAUCCUUGGGCGGGAGAUGGGGAAGGGAUGUCAGGAGGAGGAGGAGUUCCACCGGCGGAAACAAUGAACCCGUGGGAAUCAUCGAACAUGACUUCGGUCGCGAGUCCGGAUUUAGGUUGGGCCAAUUUCGAUUCGGCUCCGUUCGUUGUUAAUUUCGGUCUUAAUUUCCCGUCGACGGAUAUAAACACGACGAUAGCGACGUCGGCAUCCUACGACAUGGACACGAUGCCCCUCGAUUUAACGCCGAGCGAAAACAACGGAAACAUAGACGAUAUAUUUUUAAAUAAGGGUUUGACGGAUCCUCCCUCGGAAACUCCCGAAAUAAUCGAAAACAAUCCCGUGACCGUAGAAUAUACAAAUUUGGAAGUCAUCACAAAAACAAUGGGAGCGGUGUCGUUGAACGAUGAGAAAGAUGAGAGAGUCGCGAGGGAAAACAACGAGGAUGGUAGUAGGGAAAAAAAAGAGUCGAGCGGAGUCGAGGAAAAGGGAAAGGAAAAUCCGACGGGAAAAUUAGAUAAAACGGACGAUAAGCAAAAGGGAGCGAAUUGCGUGGAAAACCCGGCGUCCGUUAUCGGCGAUGUAAAUAAUAAAGUAGUUAACGAGGAAAGCGAUUCCAGGUUUUUAUCGUCAAAAGGCCUUACGACUAGCAAUGACAAAGAACCGGAGGGUGGUGAUUAUUAUCAAUUAGCUAAAGAAAACGUCCAAACAGUGCCAAACGAAACAACUAAAACCAGCUCGGAAAUAGGAAGUAGCAACAACAAAAACAGCAACAACAACAACAACAACAAUAACAACAAUACAGAAGAUAAAUCAGCAAACGGUCCAAUAUGA